AUGAAGCAGCAGCCACACAACUGGCCCAGUGUGAUCGUACCAAUUCUUCCAUGUCUGAAUCUAGCUCAAUCCAGCAAUCCUGUGUCCUUGACAUGGCCUGUCCUGCGGCACAUGUUUCAGCCUUUUGCCGUAGGGUCCUAUCCAAAGUCAUACCAAAAGCUGCAUGGGGCGAUGAUCAUAAUGAGCACACCAUCAUGUACUGGGUAG